AUGCGCAACACCGCUGUCAUCGCCGCCGUCGCGGCCCUCGCCUCCGCCGUCAUUGGCGCGCCCGCCAUCCCCGCGACGCCCAUCCCAUCCCAUAACCUUCCCUGCGACGACUGCUUCACUGUCGGCCCGAAACCCACCUUCAUCUAUCCCGCGCCGCCGUCGGCGCUGCCGUCGGAGGUGUACACACUGGACCGCCGCGGCUACCGCAAUGACUUCAAGGGCCCCGGCUUCAUGUGGCCGUACUGCUACGAGGUUACCCCGGCGGGGACUGCGGAGCCGACUGGCACCGCUGGAGCCGGCAGUGAGGAUCUUCCUACAGCCGCCGGGGGUAAGCGCGUGCCCUGUUUCCCCGUUCCGCGUCCUCAGCCCGUUGUCACGCUGGUUUCGAACCAGUAA